UGAGCAGAGCCGCCAGCUGCCAUCCCUCUUGUCCAAUAGAAUGCUGCCUGGGCGGUACCGCAGGUCGCUGGAAGUGCCGUGCUGUGAAUUGAUGUGUUUGCGGGCUCGUCUGUGAAGCGCUGUGUUUUAUAUACGGUAUAAUAAGCCGUACGUGUACACUCGGUGUGUUUUAUGUGGAUUUCCUCGUCAUGAUAUGAAUAAUGAAAGCCGGGUCUUUUGGGUGAGAAAGGUAGGUUUCAUGUCGUCACGCUGCAGUUUGAGGAGCGAGGCCCGUUUUGCAGACUGUUGAAAUGGUUUGGAAACAUGGUGCUUUGUGAGGCUGAUGAGUAAAGACGCUUCACCCCGGGAGCGCUCACCAAAGAUAUUCCAAUGAAGGGGGAUGCUGAUUCUGAAGAAUUGAAAUCCGAGUGCUGGUACGAUAUAGAAAGCCCCCACAAAGCUUCCAGCAGCCUGAUCUCUGAAAGCGAUUUCUCCUGCCACUGCUGCUAUCACAUCCUGCUCAAUCCCACCACCCUGAACUGCGGACACAGCUUCUGCAGGCACUGCCUGGCGCUCUGGUGGGAAUCCUCCCGGAAAACAGAGUGUCCGGAAUGCAGGGCGAAAUGGGAAGGCUUUCCCAAGGUCAACAUCCUGCUGAGGGACGCAGUAGAGAAGCUGUUCCCUCAGGUUGUGGUGGAGAGGCGGGGUGAGGUUGACUCGAGCCCCAGGAUCGUACAGAGCCUGUCUGCCUUCCAGAGGUACGGGGAUGACUGGGCUUCCCAGGGGCUGAACCCGCUCAGCGGGCACCGGCCGCGAGGGUCCGACUUCUUCUCGGGGGUGCUCACCGCCCUCACCUGCAUCGCAGUGGUGCUGCUCGGGUAUCACUGGAGCAGCAGAGAGGCUCAGCAGGAUCUUCUGCUCCAUAAACCUGUGACAAAGUGGACCGCAGAAGAUGUCAUUCUGUGGCUGGAGCAGCUGGGACCCUGGGCUUCUCUUUAUAAAGAGAGAUUUCUGGAGGAGCAAGUGAAUGGAAGACUCCUAAUGAUGCUUGAAGAAGAGGAGUUUGCCAAAAGUCCCUUCAGCAUUGAGAACCACACCCACAGGAAGGCAGUGCUGAUGGAGCUGGAGAGAGUGAAAGCACUGGGAGUCAAGUCUCCUCAAAACCUCUGGGAGUACAGGGCUGUGAAUGGAGGGAAGUCUCUGUUCCUGGUCUAUGCCUUGAAGAGCUCUCCCCGCCUCACUCUGCUCUAUCUGUACCUGUUUGACUACACUGAAACAUUCCUACCCUUCAUGCACACCAGCUGCCCUGGCAGUGCGGACGCAGCUGAGGAGCCAGAUAUUCUAACAAAGCAUUUGCUGAAUGACCCCAGCUGGACGCAGUGGGUGGAGUUCCUUGUGAAGUACUCCCUCCUCCCAUACCAGCUGAUGGCAGAGUUUGCCUGGGACUGGCUGGCUGUGCACUACUGGACGUCGCGCUUCAUCAUUGUCAAUGCUAUGCUGCUGUCUGUGCUGGAAGGCUUCACCCUCUGGAGGCUGUGGUCACGCGGGGAGCUCAGCAGGGCUCUUCCUCAUCGCAUGUGGAGUCACUUCUGGAAAGUGUCAAUGCAGGGGCUGCUUGUCGCCAUUGUCUGGCCCAUGAUUCCACAGUUCAUCUGCAACUGCUUGUUCUACUGGGCCCUGUACUUCAACCCCAUCAUAAACAUUGACCUGGUGGUGAAAGAAGUGCGUCGCCUGGAGACGCAGGGGCCGUAAGAGAAGUUAAACCUGCUUUAAAACCUUCACAUCCUCGCUACUGAAAAGCCUUUUAAACGCCACGUGCCAGAAACGCGGUGGUCUGAUGUGAAAACGAAGUCUGUGAGACUGCUGUAGCUGUGCCACGAUGAUGUCAAGGUAAACGUUUUUGAAAGAACAUUGAAAAGCGAUUCUUCAGUGGCUUUCAAACCCAUGUCAAGCCAAACUGUAAUGUUUAAAUGCAGCUUUAAUGAAAAACCUGAAACAGACUGAUUUGAUUGUAGAAACUGAAACCCACCUGAAGCUGAUCAAAUGGGGUGUUCGGCCUCUUUUUCCACCAAAACAAACUGAUUGUAAUUUUAAAAGAUAGUAAUUGCAGUGCUCAAUGGCAUGUGGUAGUGGAACAGGUUACUGCAUGCUGUGUGAUUGGAUGAACCUUCUCCUCUCGCUCUUCGAGUGAAGUGCUCACUAUAGUCUUGUACAGUAAAUUGCAAUAAAGAGAUUACAAAGAUAGACUGUUCUGUUUAACAUUCGUGAAGGGAUGUAACAGUGUUCCUGUGAUCCAAUCACAUGACCUCUUGCAGGGAUGCUACCAGAAAUAACCUUCAUUAGUGUUGAACCAAUAUCUGCACCUAGAGCCAAAUGCAGCCACUAAUUCCUCAAUGUAAAAUAAUAACUGCUGUAUCUGCCUGAAUGUUUUCUUUAGUUGUUGAGUGAUAGCGCCAAAACACUUGCUUUGAAGGACUUAAGCUUUUUUUGGCUUCUAUGUGAUAUUUUCCCUUCAGAACGGAGUAUAUAAGGGCUAUCACAUUUAUUCGUUUUGGUUAUGAAAGGUUCACGUGCCAUGAAAGGGUGGUUCGUCUCUGUUUAUCGUUAAGGGAAAGUUCUGAUCUUGUCUGUUGAUGCUCUUUUUAAAAAUGUUGUAGAUAUUCAUUGAAAUGAAAUAAAUUUGCACUUUGGUAUAAAUAGCACUGUGAUCUAUUCAUACACACAUGUCUUUUUUUUUUCAAGAUGAAUAAUGUAGGAAAGUGAUUCAGUGUUUUUCUGUCUGCGUCAUUGAGUGAUUGUAUCUUUUGUGUUGUAAUGUAUAAUUGCGUUUUCAGACACGGAACAGAGCGGUCAAGAGGAGCACUUGUAAACAAUCGAGUAAAAUACAGUAUGGAAAUGAAAUGUAUUGCAAUAAAGAAUUAAAGCCUUA